AUGAAGUUCUCGAUCUUCGCCCUCACUGCCGUCUUCGCCAUCGCUACCGCCACCCCGGGUGAGCUUGUUGCUAGGCAAUGCUCGUGCACCAAGAUCCCCGGCACGAACGAGUGGGACUGCCACGGCAGACUCUGCCCCAAGGACUCUGUGCCGGAGUCCGCCAUAGUUGAGAGAGACGGCGAACUGGUUGCUAGACAAUGCUCCUGCACCAAAAUCCCCGGCACCAACGAAUGGGACUGCCACGGCAGACUGUGCCCCAAGGACUUCGUUCCGGAAGCUUCCAUGGUCAAGAGAGACGGUGAGCUUGUUGCCAGACAAUGCUCAUGCACCAAGAUUCCCGGCACCAACGAGUGGAACUGCCACGGCAGACUUUGCCCCAAGGACUUCGUCCCCGAGGCCGCCAUGGUUAAGAGAGACAUCAAGCUGAUUGAGAGGCAAUGCAAAUGCACCAAGAUCCCUGGUACCAAUGAGUGGGAGUGCUACGGCAGAACAUGUGCUUGA